AUGGCGGACACUGAGAAGCAGUGGACCAUUCGGGAAGACGGAUGUUUGUCAGUUGAUGUAAAUACCAGGAAUGUUACUUACAACUCUUCAUUAAAUUUGGUUAUAUUGACUUCAAGUGACCAUAACAUCACUGUCUUAGAUGCAUUUUCUGGCACCUUUUUGAAAAAAUCAAAUCUUUCGGGACACAAGUGUGACAUCUUAGAAUGUGUACAUCUGCCAGAAAAAGACAAGACCGUGUUUUGCGAUGGCUGUGCACUGGGUGUAAGGGGGGAUCUGCAGGGUAUUUUACUUGUAGAUACAGCCUUGCAGACCCCUGUAGAAAAAACAGAGGAUGUUGUGAGGAUAGAAUUACCUUUGGUUGAGGCAGCACAGUUGCUAAAGACACUGUUAGCCAUACCUUUGAGCAACAAGGAAUAUGUAGAUGACUUCAUGAAGGCUCUGUCACUAGGUAUCCAAACAGCACAAGAUGCGACACACGGCAACCAUAAAACAGCAAAACAUAUGGUCAUGAAGUCUGUAUGCUCGUCUCUUAUGGAAGAGCUCAUUAAGACAAGCCAAACAGGCCAGGGUUUUCCGGUUGCUUCUGCCAUUGUUGACCGCCUGGGUUUCCUGUUACCCAGCAGUCGGGCUGAGAUAAUGAAGGAGCCUGUGAACAGAGCACUGAUGUAUAGUGAGGCUGCCAGAAGGGAAACAUUUGCCAAUUGGCCACACAUGAAUUAUAAGUGGGCAUUGCCAGAACCUAUGGCACAGGCAGGUUUCUUUCACCACCCGAAUUUGCAUGGAGAUGAUAGGGCAAUGUGUUUCACGUGUAAUGUGUGCUUGGUGUGUUGGGAGCCCACAGAUGAACCUUGGUCUGAACAUGAGCGUCACUCACAGCUGUGUCCAUAUAUCAAAGGGGAUUACACACAGAAUGUUCCACUCACUGUUACAUAUGCAACUCAGCCAGCACAGUUUCACGGAGAAUCUCCCCAGCAGAAGAUAGCAUGCUUGAGUACAACAUUCAACGAGGACUUCAUAGCUACUUCUACAAGAGAUGGCAACAUAGUUGUGUGGGAUUUGAGCCAUGUUCUCAAGAAACACUGUCAGUUUGAUAUCGAUGUUACAAAUGCACUGGUUGCUUUGAAAACGGGCUUGCAGAUUGAACGAAUGGACAGUUCACACCACAAAGUGACUUCAGAGAAGGAAGCAGGGCAGAAAGUGGAGUCGCUUGUCGAGGAAGACAUGCAGGAUAUACCCCUUCAUGACAAGUCAAAAGAAGAAAAGCAGUCAUGUAUUGGCUCACAUCGUCCUUCAGAUGACUUUAUAGUGACCUCAUUGUGUGUGGCUGAUCAUGCAAAGUGGCAGGAAGAAGUGACAAUAUCAAACCCGACCAAGGCAUCCUCUGCCAGUGAUGUUCAGCUCUCUCUGAUAUGUGGCAUGACCCUGCGGCAAACCAAGUUUCAGCAGCCAGAAGAGGGCAACCAUUAUUUGACACGAGGCAGCUGUAGUGGUAAGAGCAGUAAUUUGACUGUGCAGCUGAUGAAUGAAGUGAAUGAAGCAGUCAGCAGCGAGCCUUCCAUAUCCAGGCUGAUAGACGGGCAUUAUUCAGACUCUCACUUUGUCAUACCAGAAAGUCAGUUUAUUCCUUACAUUGUUGUGGUUUCCUUGGUGGAAGAAGCUCGUACCUCAAGCCAUUUGAGUCCAGGCAAAAAGAAAAUGCCGUCCUCACCUCAGGUCGUCAAGCCACCAAUAAGUAAAGAUGAGUUGGUCGCAUCUCCUAGUGCUCUCACUAAUGACACUGAUGAAUGGGCACCUUGGGAGGAUUGCCAGUACAUUGGUUUUACCCCAGCUCCUCUGAAAAAUUCCAGUCCAUUCACCAGCACGUUGGUCAGCCACUCUAAUGAAUCAAAGCAUAUAAAAGACUUGAGUAAAUCCAAUAUUCCCAAUGGACCUAGUGAUGUCUGUGAUAGUUUAGACUCAUCGGUUACAGAACCAUAUUCUCCCCUGAAACCGUUCACAUUUGCUGAUGCAGAAUCCUCAGCGUCUGUAAAGCUACAAAGUUUUUCAUCAUAUACCACAAGUUCCAGUGAUUCUAGUGCUCAUUCUUUCAUCAACGUUGGCAAUGCCAAUGGCUCUCUGAAAAAAGAGACCCCUACAAUUUCAGGUACUGUGAUUCAGUGUGUGGAGCUUCCUUGCCGAUUCCAGAAGGAGCAUAUAGAGAUUCAGUCUAUCUUGCCUUCCAGUGACAAGCAGCAUGUGAUAGUGAUCCUUUCCACCAAAGCUGGGUAUCUGGAAAUUUCAACGUCAGACGCUGAGGCAUCUCCCACAAACAGAGGCAGUGCUUCAGCGGACACCUUCUGUGGUGGUGGGAUUCUAGUAUUCCGCUUGCGCAGUGAGAACAACAGGAUAAUUUUGGAUGAUGAGCCAUCAGUGAUAUAUCAAGUGAACUCUCCAAGAGAUGUGAUCACCAGCACUUUCUUGCUGCCUGCAGAGGUCGAAGAUCAGGUAGACGAACACUUAGGGAGAAGCCACAUCAGAGAUGGAAGCAUAGGUGCAGACUCUACCUGCAUCAGCGGCCACAUUGUUACAACCACUGCUUGUGGCACAGUCCGAGUGCUAUCUCUAGCCAAGCUGACUUGUGUUGCAGAACUAAGUGCUGGACCCAGUGAGAAGUACCUCUGUGCCACAUAUUGUUCAGGUAUUGAGCGUCUGUGUGCCUGCACUGACAAGGGCAAGCUUCAGUUCUUUGAUCUGAAAACUGUGAGUGACAAACAAGUUUCCUCCAGUGGUCCAGACCAAGGGGAGGGAGCAGAGACCAACUCUGAGGGAUCAGCUUGCAAGAGAGCAAAGAUGGAUGAAGAUGCUGCAGACCACCCAGGUUCCGAUCUGCUAACAAACCAGCCUCUCACUGCAGAGAAUUUAACUCAGCUGCAUGAAAUUAUCCAGUUUGAAAACCUGAUGCCGCGGUUCACUGCAGUAGUGCCUCCCUGCUGGUCAGAGAUCCAACAAGAACAACAACAACGCCGACACCCCCAACAUCUGCAGCAACAAGGGGAGUCCACACAACACACCCGCACCUGGAAACUCACUUCUGAUGCUGGGCAAACCUGGGACGAGCAUUUAUUUGAGAUUUUGUUGCCCAAGCCGUGCACAGUGGGUCAUGUUGAUGUUAAGUUCACUUUGUACCCUCGCUGCACACAGCAGCCUAAUGUUGAGGUCACCCUGUUGAAGCAAAACAUCAGUUCCAUAUUCUGCCCUCCAAGUGGUAGUGGAACCUCAGACUUCAACCUGCAGAGCACAGCAGCAUCAGGUGCAGCUUCCGGCAGCAGAAAAGCUGCGGUAGUGGGAGGAGCCAGUGAUGUCAGAUCCACCAGUGGUGUCGUAGACCCAAGGUUCUUGGAGGCUCACAAUGCAGAGGUGCUGUGUGGGCCGGUCAUGUUACACAACUGCCUAGAUCUGACAGGAUCUGGAGGUCUCAUUACAUUGUCCAGCCCUCAUUUGUUCAACUGUAAGCUGAGAUCUUUGCUGUUGCACGUGAAAGGCUUUGAGAACAGUCCCCUGUCUGAGCCAGUGCUCAUAAGCAAAGACCAGACAGAUUCUGACCGCAGUGCCGUGGCACACAUGGAUAAAGUGUUGAAAUCUAAGAAGAAAACGCUAAGCACCAUUUACAAGAACAUUCACGCAGAAAGCAAACACAAGAACAUCAAAGGCUUAUUUGAUAGUGUUGCACAAGCGGGGUCGGAGAAGAGUUCUGUCUCAGAAAAGCAAAAACUGUCAGAUUUGAAAGGUUGUGACUGGUUCCAGGAGCUUUCAAUCACCGUCCGUGUGUUCAAGAAGACUAACGUGCAUUCGGAAAAACUCCAUCGCAGCAGCAUGAUUCAGGAUACAGGCUUUCACAAACGUUUGAUCAAAUUGUUGGUGACUUCAACUGCGGAGACUAUCCUGGGAGUCAGCAUGGAACAUAUGCAAAAUAUGGCCUUAGAUAUUCUCAUCUGGAUUCUGGCCGUACAGAUGAAUGACCCUGAGAAAAAAGGUGAUGAUAGAGCAUUGUUAGAGUCGGUGCAGCUUGAUUUGAAGGGCAUGGUGAAGUCCUGCUUCAUCUUAGGAUCUCGUACCACCGCACACAAGUUGUCAAGGCUGCUGGCUCUGUGCAUGGAAUGCUCAAAGCUCACGUCUGAUCCACUUGUAGCCCCUGCAUUCAGCCAGGCCCUUGUCAAUGCUUUGUUGGAGUGCUUUUCCUUGUUGCCCCUUUGCAACAGCAGUGGUGCUAUGUGCUGGUUUUUCACCCUCCUGAACAGAGUUAAGAUGAUUGACAUGGAGCUAGUGGCACAAAAGUCCUGUGAACUCUUGCUGGAUGUAUCCCGACAGUACAGCAUUAGAACCCACGACCUUCAUGCACUGCUUAAAACAAGGUACGGACUGUAUGGAAAUCCAUUUGAGGAAGAGUUGUUUGACAUGGAUAUUGGCAAUCUGACAAAGCCAAGCACACAGUCUGGCAGCACAACUCCAACGACAAUAUUUACCAAUGUCAUCAAAACAGCUAGUUCCUCAGCGUCAGGAGGGGUCAGUACCACCGGGAACAAGGAGCAGCCAGACUUGUUUGACCUUCUGCUGUCACCCCCUGAGAAAGCAUCUAAAAACCUGCUGAAUUGCUUGAGGAAUGACAUUUUUGGCCUGCUGGAAGUGGAGCCCUUGCACUUCCGCUGCCAUGCCACAAGUGAUGGUACCCGCAUGGAAAGAAUGGAUGCAGCUCCCAGCACAAGUGGACCUGCUCCAGUAGCCAGUGCUUUCAAUACAACCACCGCAAACCUGAUACCCCUGCAGGCAUCUACUUUUGUUGAUGAGACAGUGUCUCCCAUCCUAGGAGGUGAUCUGACCUCAAUACUGACCCAGCCUGCCGCUCCUAAAAUUCCACAACUUGAUGAAUUCCUUCUGAAAAAGAAAAAUCUCAUGAGCCACUCAUCAAAGAUCUACGGAGCCAAAAUGCUACAGUUUCAGUCCUAUUCCCAACAGCAGCAUCAGUCCCAGACACUACCCAAACAGAGCAUAAACACACAACAGCAGCAGCAGCAACAGCAGCCGCAACAGCCUCAGAAGACAGUCCCUGAGAAACAGCUGGCGUUUCCUCAGAUUCAAGGCUUGUUGCAGGCACCUCCUCCACAGGUGUUGGUCAUAGAAAGGAUGCACUCAGGUGCUAGACGAUUUGUCACCUUGGACUUUGGCAAGCCCAUUGUCCUGACAGAUGUGAUAAUUCCCUCAAGCAUGGACCUGGCCUCUCUGUCCAUUGAUGUUUGGAUAGAAGGUGAGGAGAUCGAUGGCCAGAGGCUUGUUGUUGCUUCAGACAUUGACCACAGGACCUUGGUUAUGAACAAUAUUAUGCCAGCACCUGUUUGCCGUUACCUCAAGAUCACAACUGUUGGGAGAUACAGUGGUGGAACCACUCGUUCCCGGAUUCCCCUGGGCUCUUUUUAUGGGCACACAUACAUCCUUCCAUGGGAGUGGCCAAACACUAAUGUAGGAAACAUCCUCAGAAAUCAGAUGUCUGCGAGCACUUCAGCAGCAACUACCACCAUUGAUGGCGGAUGUAGCAGCAGUGAUGUCAAUGAAAUCCCAUCAUGUGAAAUUGGAACACAGACAUCUUUGGUGUCCCAGUUAACCCUGUUCCUAUCCCUUUUAGAAGACUUGCAGUGCAGGUUCAGUUUAGCCAGAUCUCGCUUGGAGUCUCUCCUGAAGGUGGUGGGCUGCAGCCAAUCUCUCUCCUCGCAUGUUCAGUAUCACCUGAAGAGAAAUAGCUCAGGAAAACUAAGUGAGGAAGAUGCACAGAUCAUUCAGGCCUACAACGAGUGUCUGCAGCUGCAGCUACAGUUGAAUCUGGCCCAGCGUGCAAUACGUAGACUUCAGACUUCCCUGGGCAUUGGUGCUGAUGCCAUCCAUGAUUCUGCAGAUGCUGGGACACUCUUGGGGCAGGCUUCAACAGACAAGCUGCGUGUGAUACUAGAAAAUCUCUUGGACACCUUGCUAACCUGCACCACAGGGGCCGCUCCUGUUCUCCAACCUCCUGUUGCCCUGUACUCUGCUUUAAACCAGAACCACUCUCAGACCCUAUUCCAACAUCUCUGCCUCCAUGGGACACAGCGCAUCCAGGUGUCGGCCGGCCUCCUGCUGGUCAGGGUGUGUGGAACCCAGCCGUGGUGGGGUCAGUUUUUAGGAAACAUUCUCUACGACUUCUUCCAUUCGCAGUACUCACAAGUAUUCCCCCAGGAUCGAGUUUUCAUACUGCUGAGUGCAUUGGGUCAAAAAUCUCUGACUGGACCAAGUGCGCUGCACAUUUUGGACAGUCUGUUGGCAAUUCUGACCUCAGUUCUACAGCCCUUGUUGGUGACAGAUGGCACCCGCGGGACAUCACACCAUGUGACAAAUCAUCUAGACCUGUCACUUAUCAGCUGGAUCCUCUUGUUUUUGUGUCGAAACAUGGAAAGUUCCACUCUGUCUGCUUCAGCCAAUACAGAAGAAGCUGAAAAGGGAAUCAAAAAGGACAAAGAAGCCUGCUCCAUUAACAACAGAUGGAGUUUUAUAGAGAGCCAGUGGUCCCAAUCUCCAUCAGCUGGAUUUCGAGGGAAAUCUCAUCGCCUGACCAGGCGUGGUGGCUUCAUGAGGAAACUGAUCCACUACAAACAGAAAACACACGACAUUGACAGAUUCAAGAAAAUCUAUGGGAGCAUAGAUAAGAAAACUCAGACGGCAGGAAAGUUAUUCCUCAAGGGAAUGGCAGAUCAGUCUAGAAGUUCCAGUGACUCUUUUGGCAGAGAUGACGACAUGGAUACAGACCAGCAUAUUUUGCUGUCUAGAGAGACAUGUCUGGCUGUGGUUAGGGGAUUGAUGUCUUUGCUCCUCAGUAUGGACUUCACAUGCCAUGUGGACUUAUUCUUGGUUGCAUGUAAGGUACUGGCCAAAAUCUGUGUAGCCUGCAGACCUCCCAUAACAUUAGCAGAAGCAAUGAGCCAGGAACAGCUGGAGCAGCUGAUACUUCUAGUUGUGGACACGGAGUUCAACCAUGACAGCUUGACAUGGGGUGGGCCAUGGGCUGCACAUGCUAUCACUUGUCUGCUGCAGGAUAUUUUAGAAGGUGAGAAGGCCUGCCCUGCCAGCCCAGUAGACUCAGAAGCAGAUGCCUCAGAUAUUGAUGAAUCUGCAAGCUAUACAAGUUUCCUGAAGCGGGAGGGUUCACAGCUGAGCACAGAACAGCUCAGGGGCAGUAAGAAAGUUCGCGUGGUCCAAGUUGAACAGGUCAUGGCCAUUUUGGCAAACAGGCCAGAGUACCGGAUGCUUCUUCAGAGAGAUUUGAUGGAGGGAGGUUUGUGUCUUGACAAAAAAGAGGAUCCAGAGGCACUGGUUGGCUUAUUCAUCAGUGAUGAUGAUAAAUUCAGGAGGAAAAAGUUUCUGGAGGUAGUUGUCAAGCACCAGAACAAAAAUGGAGGCUCCUCAAGUCCUCCAUCAACGCCGCCCAACCUGCCUGAUUUCUUUAUGGAAGUCGUUGGCUAUCCUGAUUUGUCCAUCUCCUUUGGAAAGGCACUAGAUGACAGCUUUCAGAUGUAUGAUUUACCAAUUCCAUCAGUGGCUUCAGGCUCAGGAACUUCUGUUGAUGCUCCAAAGAUAUCUCAUCCAAGUUUUCAGGCUGGAAGCUUCAAGCACCUGUUGAACCUGAAGAAUAAGCUGAUGGAACAUUUGAGCACCACAACUGUCUCUAGCAUCAGUCAUAACCUGUCUACUGCGCUGGAUGCUCGCUUAGAGUUUGGACUUGAAACACUGCCUGAACAAAGAUUGAAG